AUGCACCAACAGCCAUACCAACCGCUCCCCAUCCAUCCACAACAGCAUCCUUAUCCCCCACACCCACACCCAGACAUGGACCCGCACCCAAUGCACUCAUAUCCCCCUCAACCCAGAGCCUCUUCCCACUCCAGGUCCCACUCUCGCUCAAACUCGGGUAUCUAUCCUCCACAUGGCCAGUUUCCUCCCAUGCCACCACACGAUGGAUUCCCACCUUACCACCAAGCUCCCUAUCCUCCGCCCCCUGUCUCCAUGAUGGCCCCACCAGAAUCCGUAAACAUCGAUAGGCAUUCACGCUCACACUCCCAGUCAAUGUCCAGUAUCCAUCAGUCCCCUCCAAACGGAUAUCGUACUUCCCCACGUAUGCCCAAUCUAGAUCCCCAUGGAUGGUCUGCUCCUCCUCCUUCUCUUCCUCCUCAGCACCAUUCCUCCUUCAUCUCUCCACCUCCUCCUCCUCCUCCUUCAGAUCACCAUCUUCAUCAGCGUCCCUCACAUCAUCCUCAUCCAUAUCAUGUCACAUCUCCCCAUCGAUCCCACUCACGCACUCCUUCCUAUUCACAUUCUCGAUCUCACUCUCUUUCCCAACCUCCGUUCGCUCCUCAACAUCCUAUCCAACCCUCACCCAGACAUGCCUCCCCUUCUCUCUCGACCACCGCUCCUCGGUAUGUUCAAGAAGCUUAUCCAGACAGGGUCGAUCCAGUACGUUUCCCCCCCGUACCUCAACAGCCUGCCAUCUCAACCGUACCCCCCGCCUCCGAAACACAACGGACACCCGUCGUAGAGGACGAAGACGAGAAUGAUGGAGAGAUCAUCUUGGAUUCCACAUCUGGUCAACCUGCAAAUGGACAACCAGAUGAAGAGUCUAUCGGCUCCAUCAAGUGUCCUGACUGCGGUAAACUAUACAAACAUUCUACCUCCUUGUCAAAGCAUCGCUGGGAGCACUCCAUGUACUGGAAGUCUGCUGCCAAAUUCUUAUUGACCAAGCAUCAACAAGUCCAGAUGAUGGAGGCAGCCUCCAUUCUUAUGGGUAUUGAGGGUCAUGGCGAAACUGACCCGGAUCCGAUUGUCAGCAUGUAUGUCAAGCAGCGUGGCCAGCCUGUCACAGGUCCCUCCACUGCUGCCUCUGCCUCUCCUCCCCCCUCAAUAAAGUCGCUCUCGAUCUCUCCUCCUCCCAUGCCUGAGCGCGUGGUGAUGAAACAGGAGCCCUCUUCAACAAUGAUGAGUCCUCCGACGCUCCAUGGUAGGAUGACAAACAUGGGUACGAGACACUCCGUCACCUCUACCACAUCCUCCGCAUCCUCAAUGUCCUCUACACCACCUUCCCUGGCUCCUGAUGAUGAAAGUAUUGUCGAAGUCGAUGAUGAGUCCCUGAUGUCCGUACCUCCCCAUUUCCGCCAUCAACAUCAGCACCAGCACCAGCACCAGCAUCAGCAUCAGCAUCAUCAGCGUCCUUCGCAUCAUCAGAUGCCCCCAACCAUGGACAAUGGGCAGAAACAUGUUGAUCCACAGUUUUAUCAACAUGAUCCCCGUUAUGCUCCUUAUCCUCACCCACAUCAGCAAGGGCAUCCUCUUCCACAGCAUCCGCAGUCCUAUGCUCCCUAUUACAAUGAUCAACAUUAA